UUAUAUUUCGGAGUUUCUGUGGGUCUGACAUGGUGUGUAGGAUGGUUACCCGACUGUGUCUACUGUAUCCUUGACAAUCCACUGAAGUUACAGAUGUAGCAUAGCAACAUCUAGUUUAUCAUCAGUGGGGGUUUCAUGAUCUCAGGUAUUUGCUGGAUGGAUGGGUGCUUAGAGGGACAUAAACUUUUGCAACAUGAAAGGUUUUUUUCUGGUCUGGGGACUUUUCCAAAGUUUGGACUUUGUGUGUUCUGAGAGCUGUGUGCAGGCACAGGACUAUGUUUGCAACCAAAUCCCAACAGGCUAUCCUCCUGGCCUGUCCUCUGUGGUGUUUUUUCUGAGAAACAUGGGUGAGAUCAACUCGACGGUUUUUAACCACACAAAUCUGUCCUCGGUCACCAGCCUCACUAUGACACAAAGCGGAAUUACAGCUAUAGCACCAGGGGCAUUUUCCCAGUUCCAGAGUCUCAAGAUGCUCAAUUUACGCAAUAAUGAGCUCUCCCAAAUUUCCUCAGACUGGUUUAUCCAUAAAGAGGUACUAGAGAACCUCCUCUUGACAAAUAAUAGCAUUAAGGCUUUGAGUGAAGAUUCCUUUGCUGGCCUUGUGGGACUCUUAAACCUGAACCUGGCCCAGAACCAAAUUCACACUAUUACAUCAGACAGCUUUCGCUUCCUGACUAGGUUAAGACUUCUGGACCUGUCCCACAAUAAGCUAAGACAUUUAAGUGUGGAUACCUUCCUUCCGUUAAACAACACUAAAACAUAUGGAAUGCAUGGAAACCCCUGGGACUGCUCCUGCAGUGUGAAUGAGUUCUCUCUCCAUCUAAGAGAUCUACAAAAGGCCUCCCUGCUGCAGAAUGAGAUGGAGGUGCUCUGUGAGAGCCCAGCUCAUCAGCGAGGAAGACCUGUGUGGAAUGUGUCCAAAUGUGUGAAUCCUGUAACCGAUAUAGCCCUUACAACUGGAACUAGCCAAACCCUCACACCAGGAAGCACUAAUCUGUCUACGAUUAUCAGCUUAGUAGGUAGGUUUUCCUAAACACUGGAAUGACAUGGCGGCUGUGACUCAGGUGGUAGAGCGGGUUGUCCACUAAUCGUAGGGUUGGCGGUUUGAUUCCCGGCCCACAUGACUCCACGUACCGGUGUCCUUGGGCAAGACACUGAAUGGGUGUGUAUGAAUGGGUGAAUGAGACACAGUAUAAAGCGCUUUGGAUAAAAGCGCUAUAUAAGUGCACCAUUUACAUGAACAUGUUUUAUACCCACAUUAGUGUAGAAAUUUGUGUAUGUGCUCUAUUUAAUUAUGCAUAGUUUAAUUGAAACAUGCAUAAUGGGUUUGCAUUCAAGUGCUUUAAUAUUGGAUAUUUAAGGUUAUCUAUAUUCAACAACAACAACUUGACGUGCCUUUAACUAAUCAUGUAGCAUGUAUGCCUCAGAAUGGCUAGAUGUUCUUCAUUAAAGGGGUCGUAUGAUGCUUUUUAAUCAUUUCCUUUUCCUUUAGUGUGUAAUGUAUCUGUUUGUGCAUGUAGAAGAUCUGCAAAGUUACAAAGCUCAGUAGUAGUUGUCUCUAGUCUGUAGUCUCCCACAAUGGGAUUUAUUCUAUCUAACAGAGAACACUGCUCCAGACCUGCCUAAAACGCCUCGAUCGAAGUCCAGAUCUUACUUCCGCAAACGUCUGCGUCGCAAUUAUGAAAUAUCAGCAUAAUACCGCCAUAAUUAAAAAAAAAAUUUUUUUAUGUUUUUUUUUUUAACUGUAUUUUAUGCUGUCACUUCAUGACAUAAAGUUGUUACAGUGAAGAAGACAAAUUAAACCGUUAUAACAUCGUAUCUGAAAGGUAAGAGGGUUACAAGACUUUCCACUGUGAAACGUUCUGCUCAAGUCGUGCUUGCAAAGUUGGUUCCGAUUGAUCUGCUUGAUCACCUGCAUUUUCAGAAUCUGACUCGGGCUCGAACAGAUACAGUAAAACCGACGACAUUAUUAACUGUGUUUGUUUAUAAUUGCUUUAGAAGCCUUGGAAACUGAAGCUCGUGAUUAUGGUAAGGGGUGUUACAUUUCCGACACACACUUGAGGUUUUUGGCCAAUCGCAACUCAAUGGGCCAGCUGGCCAAUCAGAGCAGUCUGGGCUUUUUGGAAGGAGGGGCUUUGGAGAAACCAAAGAGAACUCAAUCGGAGCGUUUCAGACAGGCUGGGAAUAUAGGUAUAACAAUAAUGUACAGUAUGUGGAAAAAUAAUGUUUUUUUUUUUGUUUGUUUUUUUUUUACACAUUAAAGCAUGUUAACCUAUUCUAUUACACCCAAUAAACAAAAUAAUGAACUUUUAAAAUCAUCAUAUGACCCCUUUAAAAAAUCACCACAACUGAAGUUUGGACCAAACAUGAAUUGACCUUGUUAUUUAUCUCAGCUGCAGUAGAAAUGGUUCUUUAAUUUCUGCCAAUUGGCAACUUUCUACUGGUGUGUCAUUACUAUCAGUAAACGACCAAUCACUCCUCUAGAGACACACAGAUUGUACUAUAGAAUACCAGAAAAUCUAAUAAAUAUCAUCUGCCAGUGGUACUUUGUGCCCUGGUACUUGUUAUCUGUGUUUUGUCAGCUUUGUACCACAGAAAACAAGAGCAAAAACAUCGAGUGAUCAUCCAGCCCUUUCUAGAAGAACAAGAAAGCACUAGACAAGCCCAACCAGACUACAGAGCAAUGCCAGAAACAUCUAACAAGGUGAAAUCUGUUUCCUGUGAUCAGAAAAGUAAACAGUCAGAUAACAGACUUUUAUUAAAGCUGAACCAGACAGCACUGGAGUCACAAAUUUACCAGAUUUACAGCGCAGGAAUAUACCAAACAAGAGAGAUGACUGGCCGAGUCAAAUCUGCAGGGCCUGUACUCUCUAGAACUGAUGGCUCUGGGAGACGUCCAAACACUGAAAUGGAAGAUCCAGGAGUGUGGAUGGUGAAGGAUCAAGAAAUACGCGCUGGAUGGACAGAUCAGGAGCUUGAGAAGUUAGAUGGUAAAAGGACUGAAUCGAAGGAAAAAGAAGGCGAGUAUGGAAGCAAAGUAGAAGAGGAACAAGCAGGAAAAACUGAAAUGGAGAAGAAACCUAGUCAUGUUGACAGACAAGAUGAUGAGUUUAUCACUACUUUGAAAACAGGAGUCAAGUAUGAGCAGAAUUUAGAGGGAAAUGUACAAGAUCAGGGAUUUCUGCAUACUGAAGACUCUGUGCCCAGUGAGGAAGAAUUUGAUUCUGAUGAGGAUGAUUAUAAUUCAAACUCCAGUUUAGCAAGAUCUCAAUGUCCUCAGGAGCAUUAUAAUGGCUUCCAGCCUGUGGAAGAAGUUGAGAACAUGCCUUACCUCACUAUUGGAGCUGAUCCAGAAAAACAAAGCCCAAAUCCAGAGCAGAUUUGCACUAAGGCUUCCACUGGACAGUUCAAUUUAAGACCCAUCAGGCGCACAUUGUCCUGGCCUCCUACUGCAGCUCAGUGGAAAAAGCAAUGGGCUCAAACCCAGCAGGUCCUCAAUGUUUCUCCAAAGCUCAUUUUUGUCACGCAAUAUGAGUAUCAUAUAGGCAUGUUUCCCUCUGGCAUCUCUUCAGCUAUUCCAGAAAAUAUCCCACAAGCCUGUUGUUCAGGGUUUCCUGAACAGCAACUACAAAUAAAGGACCUUGAACACAUUCAGUCUGCGGAAUCUUCUAUGAAAAUUGGCGAGUUCGUCAAUCGAUCUUGCGCCCAAGACUUGUCCAGUGUGACCAGAGAUUAUGUUGAGAUAAACGAAGGACAGUCUGAAAUGAUCAAAAGUCAUCCUCCAGUAAAUAGUGAGGCACAUUCUGACUUGGUCACUAUCAAACCACUAUGUGAAAGGAUGAGCUCUGAAGCUGCCAAUGAGGUGAAGAUGAGAAACAGCAAGAAGAAAAAGACAAAUCAAACUCCAAAGGAUGAACAGACACGAGCAAUAUCGGGGAGGCAGCCGAGAAGAGCAGAAAGAGACGGAAAGAAAGUGAUAAGAGACAGACCGAGGGAUCAGUCUCACUCUGGCUCAGGUGCACACCCUUCUGGAGGAUCUCCUAGUGAUGACAACCUGCUAGUGGAUAAUGAGUACACCUUAGAUCUUCUACAUGAGGUGGUGGAGAACCAUGGCCGCUGGACACGAGACAGGUGGAGGCAAAGUCAUACGAGCAAGCAAAAAACUAAACAAGUCACUAAACCUUGAGGAACCACCGUGGCAAGCCAUAAAAUCCACAGUAGUUUAGUCUAAUGACCUAACGACCUUUUAAUUAAAUAAAUGGGCAGCAGGAAAAUAUAAUGUCCUCUUGUAAACUAUAAGGUCAGUUACUAAAUGAAUUUCUAUCACAGUGUUGUUGAAUUCUCAAAUCUGAAUUUUCUAAAAUGGCCCUCCACUAAUAUUGGCACCCUUGGUAAAUAUGAACAAACAAGGCUGUGAAAAAUUUUCAUUUUAGAUAAAUUUUUUUUUUAACAAAAACAUUUUGAUGUUUUGUUAAAAAAAAUACUCUGCUCUCAUGGAUAUCAAACAAUUGCAAACACUACACAGAUUUAUCAAAUUUAUUUGUUAAUUAUGUGCAACGAUUAUUGGCGCCCUUUUAGUCAAUACUUUGAGUUACUUCCCAUUGCCAAGAUAACAGCUCUGAGUCUUCUCCUAUAAUGCCUGAUGAGGUUGGAGAAUACAUGGCAAGGGAUCCGAGACCGUUCCUCUGAGACCAGAAUCUCUCCAGAUGCAAUUCUCCAGCUGUGAUCCUUGGAGAUUUUUUGGCCACUCGAGCCAUCCUCUUCACAGUGCGUUGACACAAUAUAGGCACACGUCCAAUUCCAGGUUGAUUCAUAACAUUUCCAAUUAUUGCCCUGAUGGUGGAAAUGGGCAUUUUCAAUGCUUGUGCUAUUUUCUUAUAGCCACUUCACAUUUUGUGAAACUCGACGACCUUUUGCCGCACAUCACAGCUAUAUUCCUUGGUUUUACCCAUUGUUACGUACAGUGUUGGUUAAGUUACUCAAAAAAAAGUAAUCCACUACAGAUUACUAAUUACUAGUUACACUACUGAUUGCUGCAUGUAAAAAGUGAUCAGAUUACUAAUUGCUUUCAAAACCUAUCAAACCUACAAAAAUACACUACAAAGUGAUUCAUAGUUCGUUCAGUAAUUUUAGUGAGCGUCAAUGUAUGACAUGAUCAGAAAAAGCUGGGUUUAUUAUAAAACAUGUCUCGGGUGUUGUCAGUGUUUGUAGAACUACCAGACUGAUACAAUAUCAAACUUUUCUAACUAGGCUAGUUUGGUGUCGCUAGCCAAUGGGAGGCACAACUAAGCUAUCAAUGUAUGUGUUUAGCUGCUACAGUGCCAUGCAAAGUACAUUAUCUUUCCUUAUGCUCUGCUCAUAUCAUGUUCACGUAAACUGGAACUCAUAUAGACAUUUAGACACCUUGUUUUCCUGAUCAGCAUCAGAGGAUGUUACUGUUUCAGUUUCAACCCCUUUACUGGUUUAAAAAAAUCUGCGUAUAUCCAUUUUUCCUCACACUGACUGUGAGCUAGAGUUUGGUAGAAUUGAGAGACUGUCAGCCAAUAAGACACGAGUGUUUCCAUGUAUUUUCCUGUAAACCCUGUCUGAUUAGUCUCGCCUCUGUUCAUUGAAGAUAUAAAAUUACAGGCGGUCUUCUUUUACUGACGUUCAGUUACGUAGUGACAAACCGAAAACCAAGUGGAGAAUUAUUCAGGGCUAAAGAAAAAAUCUACGGGGCAAAACGUGAUUCAUUUUAGAAAUGCAUUUUACUUUAUAUUGUUUUCUUAUCAAUACAUUUGUUACAAUAGUAACGUAAUUUUAUUGACAUCAUCAACUGCAAUCAAAUUACAUACAUUUUUAAUUUAGCUUUACGCUACAAAGGGUAUAACACGUUAUACCCAAUUCUGGUUAUGAAUGACUAAGGGAAUGUGGCCUAUGUAUACCCCGAUGUAUACAUUUAUACCCCUGUUAUGGUUGAACAAUUUCCUGUUUCUAUUCACCCAGAUGUACUAAAUUUAAAAAAUAUUAAUGGGAAUAUACCUCAAAUAUAUUUUUCUAAUAUGAAUUCAUAAGGCUACCAAUAAUUGUUGCACACCUAUAUUUAACAAAGAUAUUAGUUUUUUUGAUAAACCUGUGAUGUGUUUGCAAUUGUUUGACAUCCUUAAGGGCAGAAUAUUUUUGUGAAUUUUCUGAACGAAAGAUCGAAAGGCUAAAAAAUAAAAGACAAAUUUUCAAAGUCUUCUCUGCUCAUAUUUUACCAAGGGUGCCAAUAUUAGUCUAGACACUGUAGCUGUAAUUCAAAUGUAUAUUAAUGUGCCAAUUCUAAUAGGUUCUAGUUUCUAUAGUUACAGCUUAUUCACAGGAACUUGUAUGGUCCACAUAAUAUAUGCUUAAUAAAACAUUAAUUAAGAAACUUUAAGGAGAUGCUUAUGUAACAUUCAUGGAAGGAGUCUCCAGUGUCAGUGCUUUGUAACUAUUUUCUGAGAGUCUUCAGGACAGAGGACUUUCCGGGUUUCUUGUUAACAUGAGAAGUUGUAUUUAUUAACUUAAGGAGAGAGUUUAAACAAAAAAAGGUUGGUGAGGGAAUGAAUGUGCUGUGACAACAGGAAAUAACUUGUCUUGCAGACGUUCCACAACAUUAGAUGUACCUAUAAACAGAUAAAAAUUAUUUUGUGUAACAACAUUAAUAAAUAAAUUAAUCAUUAAUAAAUAAAAAAAUGUAGUCAUGGCAACUUGCUAUAUCAUAAGAAGAAUAAAACACUUUGGGAUGUACUCUCAUGGGAAGUAAUAUACUUCAGGGUGAUGACAGUUACGCCGCUUCCCAUCUGACCACAUCACACCAUCCCGUCAUUGACUAUUUCCCUAUAACAGCACACCUCAUCGUGUUUUAUUCCUUACUUACAAUAUGUCUGCAAGAUCAGAAGUUUUAUGUUGCCUGGGCAGAUAAUGAUUAGAAAACUGUUUUUGAGUUCAAUAAAUGUAAUAAAUAAAUACAAAUAGUGGUUAGUACGUUUGCCUCACACCUCCAGAGCUCUAGAGUUCGCCCUGUGUUCGUGGAGUUGCGUGUGCUUCCGGGGUUUCCUCUGGGUAGUCUGGGUAGUUUCCUCCCACAGUCCAAAGACUUGCGUUGUAGUCUGAUUGGAAUUUCCAAAUUUGUCAAUAGUGUGUGAAUGUGUGUGUGACUGUGCCUUGAGAUGGGUUGGCACCCCGUCCAAGCUGUCCCCCGCCUUGUGCCCUGAAUUCCCUGGGAUAGUCUCCAGGCACUUGUUUAGCAUAAGCGGUAUUCAAAAUGAAUGGAUGGGAUAAACGCAAAUGAAGGAAAUCAUUAUUUCUGGCUGCAUGCAGCAUUUAUUGAAUCAUUCGUACAUGUUAGAAGUACACAGACUUCAUAUAAGAAAUUGUACAAAAUGGAUCAGUUCUCCUUUACAAUGUACUGUUCUACACAAAUAAAACAGGAGCCAGCAAAUGUAAACAUAGGUCUCUUGUAAGUUUGGCAAUAAAAGGACAUGCAUUGUCCAUUUGUCUUCUACCUCUAUUGAAAUGCUCACACGACUCUACAUACCUUGAAAUCGAAAUAGCUGAAGGUGAUCAGUGGUUUGGUAAAGAAAUGGCGCGUGUGCAACUUUCAAAAGGAAGAUUGCAGAUUAUGCCAACAUGCACGAUAUGCUUUUACAAAUGACAAGAAGAAGAAAAGGAAAUAAACCUUGAUUGG